AACACAUUUCCGUUGCCACGUUAAAAUCUCUCCGACAGAGAAAUGAGUCCAAUCAAAAAAGAAGUGCUGCUGCUAGUUUACUCUUCAACUUGUGUUUGAGCAUAUUUAAAAAUAGUUUUAUGCAUGUCAAAUUAACGUCGUCUGAAACCAGCUCGUCAACCAUGAACGUUACUCUGGUGUCGUUGAUGUCUGCGGUGUGUUUACUGGCUGUGGCGGGUGAGAGGUUGAAUAUUCCAGGAGGAACGAUGUUAAUGGGAACCAGUGCAGCUGAUGGGAGAGACGGAGAGGCUCCCACCAAGGAGGUUGAACUGCAGCCCUUUGCAAUGGACACGCAUCCGGUCACAAAUGCCGAUUUCAGAGACUUUGUGAGAGCGCAGAAGUACAAAACUGAAGCGGAGACGUUUGGUUGGAGCUUUGUGUUUCAAGACUUUGUGUCAGAAGAGCUGAAGAACAAAGUCACUCAGAGAAUUGAGUCAGCUCCUUGGUGGUUGCCCAUAGAACGAGUGUUCUGGAGACAGCCCGCAGGACCCGGGUCAGGCAUUCGAGAGCGCCUGAGCUUCCCGGUGGUUCACGUGAGCUGGAAUGAUGCUCAGGCCUUCUGCCGGUGGAAGGGCAAGAGACUGCCUACUGAGAAAGAGUGGGAGUGGGCGGCGCGAGGGGGGCUGCAAGGUCGGACUUAUCCGUGGGGAAACAAGUUCCAGGGCAACAGAACCAACCUGUGGCAGGGGUCGUUUCCAGAUGGAGACACUGCAGAGGAUGGAUACCAUGGUGUCUCUCCUGUCACAGCAUUCCCUUCUCAGAACAGUUAUGGACUGUAUGAUAUGAUGGGAAACACAUGGGAAUGGACCUCCACUUCCUUUCCUGCAGCACAACCAAUGUACGUGCUGCGUGGUGGUUCCUGGAUCGACACCGUGGAUGGUUCAGCCAAUCACAAAGCACGAAUCACAACCAGGAUGGGCAACACUCCUGACUCCGCCUCUGACAACCUGGGCUUCAGGUGUGCUGCCAGCGAUGGACACAAACAAGGGAAGAAACAAGUCCAAACUGAACUUUAGCAACUCACAGGAAGUCCAAAACAAUAAUACAAGGACACUAAUGUUCUGAGGAGCAAAAUAAAGAACAAGGGACAGAGUAAGUAUCGAUGACUAACCAUGGAUUUGAAUGGAUGAUGACAGGAGGAAACAAACUGUAUUUCUCCUGUGGAGAAUUUUUUUAAAUUAAAAGAAUAAAGACUAAUACCUAACAUUCAAGAAAGAAAAAUGUUUGCAUAGACUAAAACUAUAUUUGUAUCAUCCAGAUAAUUGUACAUGACUUCUCAUUGAAUAGUGUCACUGAAUGUAAGAAGUAGGACCCUCUCUGACUGCCGUGGGCCCUCUUCCAUAUGCACUCUUUUGUUGAGCCUGUUCUGUGACUGGAGAGUAAAUCAGUCUGUUUAGUCACGGCCUCCUAUAAUCCCGUCUUUGUCUUUCUGUUUACUUUCUCAUCAUGAAAACCUCGCUGAGCGGAACCUUUGGACUCAUUCUGUUACACACCGAAAAUAAAAUGUUUCUUUCAUCUAAA